GUGACGUUUUGUUGUAAAUAUUUCUGUCAUGUGGGUGUCAACGUAACGAUGAAAAGUAGUUUUUAGCGAAAAAUAUGGCAGGAUUUGUUAUUUUUGUUGCGGUUUUUGUCCUUCUAGUAUCUAUAACGUCAUGGGGUUUUAGGAAAAUCAUCUCCUGGUUGUUCCAGAGGAAGUACAAUAUUUCGUUAAAAAUAGGCAGUAUUAGGUUGCCGUAUUUGAAAUUAUGUGAUAUACAGAUCUCCAAGAAUGGCUUUAGCAUUCAAGUCGAUGAAAUUAGUAUUAAAAGCAGUUUCUUGAACUCAGAACUUACAAAACUAGUCACUUUAGUUGUCAAAGAUGUUCGUAUUAACAAAGACAUUGGGCAGAACCCUGAUUUCGUGUCAAAUUCGGAGUACAAUCCCACUCCACUUGAUUUCAGAGAUAAGAAAAUUCCUCAUUUUAUCAACACAUUUGCACAGUUUAUGGCGGUACACGUGUAUAAUGUGUCUGCGAUGUUGUUACGUUCUGAAACCCCUGGAUGUCUUACACAUGCCACUGCAGCUGAAUUGAGACUAGAUGGUAGCAUUUUAAAAAAUGCGAGCUUGUUAUUGGUUACUUUAAAUUUAAUAGAUGCGUCCGCUAAAGUUCUAAGGCAUGCUGAAAAUCAGUUAAAAGAGAGUUGUUUAGCUGAAUUUAGGUUUGGAGUUUCAAUGGAGGUGAUUUUAGUAGCACAAGGUCCUCUGUCUGUAGAGAAACUCCAUUUUAAAAUGUGUCAGACAAGUUCUAUUAUCAAUGAUAGUUUUUAUAGCAUUUCUUAUGGUAAUAAGAUUACUAGAAAAGUGGAAGAGGUUGAACAUGUUGAAGAUGAUUUAAUACAGAGGAUUUUGCCUCUAAUACCUAAGGUAUGCUUCCUACAAAUCGACGACACCUCCCUCAAAGGUGUGAAAGAAAACAGCCAGAUCGAGUACAACUCGUCCUUGAAAAAACUAGCCCUAACCUACAGGUGCUCAAAAUCCGAAAACUCCGGAGUUUUCCCCCACGUGUCCUUCAACUUCUCCAUGUGCGACCUGCGCUUACAAAACAGCAAAGAAAAACUCCUUUCCUUAAAAUCCCUCUCAGUCGACGCCAAGCUGAAAGGCGACAUCGUCAACAUCUACUUCCAAAUGAACACAUUCUUGAUAACGUACAACCACGACGUCAUCCACCGCUGGGUCUACAACAACUUCCUCAAAAACCGCCAACUACAUCACCUGAAAGAAAAAACUGACACAACGAAAACGGUUGCCACCAGUCCUGGCAACUCCCUAAUCGAGAACAUCGUCAAAAAGCUGGUGAUAAACAUCUGCGCGGAGUUUUCGCAAGUCUCCGCCACUAUUAAGCUCAGCGGCCACAACUCCUCCGUGGGUUUCAACCACGUCAAGCUCAUGCUGGAGCAAGCGCAGAAGCACAGAGGUCCUUCGUAUAAUUCGUAUUUUCUGAAUUUGCUGCUUCUGGACCGGCACUGGCAGACGGAGUGUCUGAUUGAGUCGUUCUGGUGGAGCUUCAAGGAGUGGAAUCAGGACGCUAAUGUUUCGAAGAAGAUGCAUAUUUGGGCCACUCCAGUUUAUUUUGUCAAGGUUUUGGUGAAGGUGUGUACGCACGAGAAUAGUCAGAUGGAGGUUGUGGCGUUUUUGGAUAUGGUGCAGCUGGAGUGGUCGCUGGAGUUGGCGGCGUGUGUGCUUUUGGCUAUCAAGUGUUUGAAGCAGUAUGGGUUGGACAGGGAGAAGAUUUCGGGGGAGAGGAGGGUGGAGAAGGGGGGGUUGGGGCCGCAGGUGUAUGUGAAUGUGGGGAUUAAUUAUUUUAACUGUUUCUUCCAGUCGCAGAAUACAGAAUACUUCGUCGUCCAACUAAACUCCGUCGACAUCACCAAAACCCUCGACUCCACCAACGUAAAAUUCGAAGAAUUCAAAAUCUUCACCGUUAACAACACCGGCGCCUACUACUGCUGCCUCCGCACCGAAGACAUCUCGAACUUCAAAACCUUCGUUCAACAAGCCCAGAUCGACUUCCGCCCCUCCGAAAACAGCAUAAGCCUAUCCGAAGAGAUCCGCAUCUACUGGUCCACCAACUUCCACCUCAAAACCCUCCUCCUCGUCCGCGACAUCCUCGACUUCGUCAACGACCUCCGCGAGGAGAUCAACCUGCCCCUGCGCCAAACCCCGCCCUCCAACGACACCGUCUACACCUGCUCCAUCAGCGGCAUCUUCGCCUUCUACAUCGAGAUCUCGCACAAGUACUCCGCGAAGAUCUCCAUCGACGGCUUAAACAUCUCCAAGACCCCGCACGAUCUCUCCGUGGAGAACACCGCCGCCGUGGUGGCCAUCGACGGCGCGGAUAUUUUCACCAUCAAAGGUCUAGCAGUGCACAGAAUCGUCGAUAGUCAAUUGAUCCGAGACGAGCGUCUGGAUAACGAGAAUUUCAAAGUCGCUUGGAAUAAGACGUGGGGGCUUUCGGUGGAUUUGUUCAAGGCCGUUUUUCCGUACAAGCACAAUUAUGCGGAUGCCGUGCAGAAUGAGCUCAUUUCCGUAUUUAAGUGGUUGAAGAUCGUGCAUAAUUAUAAGAAGGUUCCGUUUACGGGGGACAGUCCGCUUCCGAGCGAUUUGUUGAUUAAUGUUAAGGAGUUCUUGUUUGAGAUGAGCGACGACCCGUUCGAGGUGAAGCUGAGGGACAACUUUGAGCUUCUGGAGGACGAGUACAACGAGAGCACCAAGAGGCUGAAGAUGCUCAAGGAGAAGGUGGCGGAGUUGUGCAAAACGCAUCUGCAUUUACCAGCCGGGAAGGUGGAGGAGUUGUACAAUAAUUUGAAUAGGAAGAACGCGGAGAUUUACAUCCAGAGGUCGAAGCAGAUGCUGCGGAACGCCCCACCGAGGACGAGGUUGUUCGCCUGGAGCAUGACCAUGGUGGAAAUCAUGAUUUUGGCGGAUCCGUCCAUCCACGGCGCCGAGAACGUGAUCAAAGUGAUGAAGGAAAUCGACGCGGACACUCCAUGGCCCGAGGAGCACCUGGAGUUCACCACCUUGUGGUGUCGCGUGGUGUCCUUGAGGUGUAAGGAGUGGAAGUUUCAGCUGAGGGAUUUCCCGCAGCCUUUGCUGGAUAUCAGGCAGUGCUACAUUUGUGGGCAGCUGGUGGGGGCGGAGCAGGUGGCGCCAAGACGGGCCGUACGAAGCGUCGUGGUAAACUUGGGGGAGCCAUUCGAACCAUUCCCGGUGGAAAGGGGGAUGUUACCCUUGAAAUUCUACCACGAUUUCAACUGCGAGGUGGAAUCGUACAGCUACGCCUUUGGACCAUGCUGGGAGCCUGUGAUUGCCCAGUGCAACUUAAGUUUUGAAAAAAUCGUCGCCCCGUCCCGGGACCCAUCCCCCCCGCUGUCUUUCUGGGACAAAAUGCGCCUUUUGCUCCACGGUAGACUCACAAUGGUCGUUCAACAAUUGACCGUUUUGCUUCACGCGUCUUUGGACCCUUAUAACACCACGGAGGAAAUGGAGCUGACUUGGAGCCAGGUCGUGAUGGACUGGACCAAUGCCAAAUUCGUGUACAAAGGGGAUCUAAACAUUUUCGUACGAACCGCUUCCAAGUACGACGAUUGUCAACUACUCCAUUUACCGAACUUGAAACUUAUCCUGGGUAUCCAGUGGGUGUGUCUGGGCGACCCUAACGACCACCACAAUGUUAUACAGUGCGCCCCGGAUAAAAUCCCGGAGUACUCGAGCAACCAAGUCCACGAUUCUUUCCGCGCUUUCCGGUCCCAGAACGUCAACUUGAGUAUCGUCUUGGAGACGAAACCCGCGACAAAUCAGUCGAAUUUCGAUUACCCCAUGUUGCUACUCUACGGGAGUACUUUGCGCUGGAUCGAGAAUUUGAAGCUGAUUUUGUCGGGGGUGACGAGGCCCACGAAGAGAGGGAAGAUUUUUAAUAACGUGAGACCGCGGAAGAUCCAGCUUAGUCGACACUACAAGAAAGUGCACCUGUUGAUGGGGUUGCAUAAGUUCCAGGUGUGUUAUUGGAUGUCGUUUGCGAUGCAGAGGGGGUGCGAGCUCAUCGGGGGAAGGUUGUCAUCGAGCGCCGAACACAUGCUAUCCCUCGUUCCCAUCGACGACGGCCUCACCCACCGCCCCAAGGCCGAGUGGUCAAUCGUCUACAUGAACUCCGAGCUCAACGACUCCGAAAUCUGGCUCAAAAGCGCGCUCCAAGAAGACUCGGAAUUUGAAGCCAUGUCGUUGCGACAACCCGUCGAAAAGUGCUACUGUUUAUCAGUGGCCAAAGUGUCCUACGGGCGCGAAACAGUCGUUCCAAACCGAGAACACAACACCUGCGAGCGCAGCAAAGACACGCCCACCCACAGACUCGUGGUGUACGACCUGCGAGGUGCCUGGACCAAGAGCAACCGAAAUGUCGCCUUCGCCCUAUUCGACACCUUCAUGAAAAACAAGCAAAUGAAGAAAAAUUUGUCCACGGAAGCCUUGAAGGCGUUCCGGAAAGACAGCAACACCACUCCUUUGAAACGUAGGAACACUGACGUGCCGGGGACUCCCCCGAACUCGUCGAUUCAGACACUGCAAGCCGCCGCUUCCACUCAAGACGCACAUUCUCCAAGCACCAAGUUGCAAUCAGGGCUGGCUGCCAAUAUGUUGCAGCAGCUGAUCGCAGAAGCUGACAAUAAGGCGGUGGUCUACAGCGACGAUUUGUCUUCCGUGACCAGGCAGCAGCACCUGCAGGGGUUGCAGGCGUGCCAAGAGGACGACGUCCAGCACAGAAAUUGGCAAAUUGCCCUCGUGAACGCACAAGUUCUACUCAAAGGUUGUGAGACCCAAGGCUACGUGAUACUGAGUGCCGCCAAGGCGGAAAUUAUCCAACGAAUCCACCGUCCGGUCUGGAAAGAUAGGACUUUGGUGUCGAAGACGACGUGGACGGGCGCUUUGGACUGUAUGCAGUAUUAUGCGACGGUGAAUGCCGGCGAAAAUGACGACUCGGUUAAUGAGAAUAUCAUGUGGUUGUCGGUCGAUAAUAUUCAGGAGAAGGAAUCCACGGAGAUAUCUGAGCCAUCCGAGGUCCCGAAUAUGGUGGGAAGUGGGGUGUCGGUAGGGGCUGUGGUUAGCGAUACUGUGGGGCCUAGCAGUUCUAGUCAGCUCCAAAGGAUCGUAUCGAGAUGCAAAUGCGAGUUUUUCUACGUCGGAUACGGCGACAUCAGCGUCGACCCCGAGGCGGUGGCCGAGGUGCCGCCGCCCCCGCAGGAGGAAGUCGGGCCGUGGGACCGCCGACAGAACGCCGUCAACGCCUUCACCCUGAUGCACCACGACCUCGACGUGUGCACCAACUCCUUACAGUACGCCAUGCUCCUGGACAUCGUCAACAACUUGCUGCUCUACGUGGAGCCGCACCGCAAGGAAGCCCUGGAAAAGCUGGCGCGGAUGCGCUUCCAGCAGCUGUACAGCGUCGAGGAUCAGCGGCGGCCGAUCCAGAACCAGCAGACAUUGGUCAGGACUACGGUUAGUAAAUUGCGGAGAUUGGAGAAGGAGACGUAUCUGGUGAGCAAAGCUCUGGGGGAGAAUCAGUCGGAUAUGGAGUUGAUCCACGAGAUGAAUCGCUUGGAGAAGUUGGUGUACGAGUGUAAAAAUCAACUGAACGCUCAAAGCGAAGAGCUGGAUAUGAUGCUAUCCUGCUACAAAGAAACGCAGUUGCUCACGAACAGUCGAUUAUCGACUACCAGGAGCGAUAAACCAUUAACUAUAGUUAGAGCGAAUGAGAUUUGUUUUAAACAUGCCCAGUGGCGACUUACGGAAGCUGAUGGUCAGAUUGGGAUCGCCGAUUUAGUUUUGAGUAAUUUUCUGUACACCAAGAAUUCGAAGAGCGACGAUUCAGUUGAGCAUUUGUUGGAAUUGGGGUAUUUGAGGAUGACGAAUUUGUUGCCCAAUGAAAUUUAUAAGGAGAUUCUUUGUCCGAGUGAGAUUCAGCAUGGAAUGCCUAUAGAAUACAAGAAAGUCCUGCGUAUUUUCUGUCGCGAAAAGCAACCCGUGGGCGGCAUCUCCGUCAAGGAGCACUUCGAGAUCAACCUCGUCCCCCUCACCAUCGGCAUGACCAAGAAGUUCUACAGCACCAUGAUGAAGUUCUGCUUCCCUGAGCGCGAGAGCGAGAACAUCGACUACUCGGACCGCGUCAGCGAAGACGGCACUUCCGAGCCCAAGACCAAAAAGGUGAAGGCGCCAAAGCGCAACCGAGACUCGAACUUCUACGUCCUGAUCGACGACGUGGAAAAAAUGAAGGAACGAGCCGAGAAAAAUAAGCUGUUCGUCUACAUCAAAAUACCAGAAGUGCCCGUCAAAGUCAGUUACAAAGGGAACAAAGAGAAGAACCUCGAAGAUUUACGGGACGUGUCGCUCGUCAUUCCGACUUUGGAGUAUCACAAUAUGACGUGGACGUGGCUGGAUUUUCUGAUGGCGAUCCGAAACGACACGAAGAGGGUGAUUUUUUCGCAGGCGAUCAAGCAGAAGCUGCAAAUUAAGAGGAACACGGGGUCGCUGGACGAGAGCUCGUCGCCGCAGGAGGAGGAUAAGGCGAGGAUGCUGUUUGGGGUGCGACAUGCACCGGAGAAUAAGAGCAUCAGGAAGGGCGUUGGGGGGGUGUUCAAGUUUGGGAAAUGACGAAAGCUUAACAAAUUUUAACUUUGUUGUGGAGAUUUUUCUAAUCGGGUAUUUAAGCCAGUGAGUGUUUACGCUUUAACGAUCUAUUUUAUACGUAAGUAAUUUAUUGAUUAUAUUUAUAUAAAUGUGCUUGACAAAUACAUUUAUUUGUUGUAUAAA